ACAGAGGGUGUGACGCUGGUAUUUGUGUGAACUCCAGCUGGUGAUGCUGAGCUCGGUUCAUCAGCUUUCCCCUCCCUUUCCCUCCCCAGUCCUUCCCACCAGCGCCACAGCAACAUCCUCAGAGUGUGAGAGAACUGCGCCCAGAGCGGGCAUAAAGCCUCUUACUGCCAGCAACCUGCGGCCCGGAGCGGACCGCGAGAACAGAGACAGCACCUCGGCUCCACCAGCCCACGGACAGCCAUGGCGAAAAGCCGCAGGGACAGAAACAGCUGGGGUGGGUUUUCAGAGAAGUCAAGUGAAUGGAGCUCAGAAGAGGAGGAACCAGUGAAAAAGGCAGGUCCUGUCCAAGUACUUAUUGUCAAAGAUGACCAUUCCUUUGAGUUAGAUGAGGCUGCGCUGAACCAGAUCCUUCUCUCCGAGGCCGUCAGAGACAAGGAAGUGGUUGCCGUGUCCGUUGCUGGAGCAUUCAGAAAAGGAAAGUCCUUCCUGAUGGACUUCAUGUUGCGGUACAUGUACAACCAGGAAUCUGUUGAUUGGGUUGGAGAUUACAAUGAACCGUUGACUGGAUUUUCAUGGAGAGGUGGAUCUGAACGAGAAACUACAGGGAUCCAGAUAUGGAGUGAAGUUUUUCUUAUCAACAAACUUGAUGGUAAAAAGGUUGCAGUGUUACUGAUGGAUACUCAGGGAACCUUUGACAGCCAGUCAACUUUGAGAGAUUCGGCCACAGUGUUUGCCCUCAGCACAAUGAUAAGCUCAAUGCAGGUAUACAACCUCUCCCAAAAUGUCCAGGAGGAUGAUCUUCAGCACCUCCAGCUUUUCACUGAGUAUGGCAGGUUGGCAAUGGAAGAAACAUUCCUGAAGCCUUUUCAGAGUCUGAUAUUUCUUGUUCGAGACUGGAGUUUCCCGUAUGAAUUUUCAUAUGGAGCUGAUGGUGGCGCCAAGUUCUUGGAAAAACGUCUCAAGGUCUCAGGGAACCAGCAUGAAGAACUACAGAAUGUCAGAAAGCACAUCCAUUCCUGUUUUACCAACAUUUCCUGUUUUCUCCUACCUCAUCCUGGCUUAAAAGUAGCUACAAACCCAAACUUCGAUGGAAAACUAAAAGAAAUAGAUGAUGAAUUCAUCAAAAACUUGAAAAUACUGAUUCCGUGGCUGCUUAGUCCUGAGAAUCUAGAUAUUAAAGAGAUCAAUGGGAACAAAAUCACCUGCCGUGGUCUGCUGGAGUACUUCAAGGCAUACAUAAAGAUCUAUCAGGGUGAGGAGCUGCCACAUCCCAAGUCCAUGUUGCAGGCCACAGCAGAAGCUAACAAUUUAGCAGCUGUCGCAACUGCCAAGGACACAUACAACAAGAAGAUGGAAGAGGUUUGUGGUGGUGACAAACCAUUUCUGGCCCCUAAUGACCUGCAGACCAAGCACCUGCAGCUAAAAGAAGAAUCUGUGAAGUUAUUCCGAGGAGUGAAGAAGAUGGGUGGGGAAGAAUUCAGCCGGCGAUACCUGCAGCAGCUGGAGAGUGAAAUAGAUGAACUUUACAUCCAGUAUAUAAAGCACAAUGAUAGCAAAAACAUCUUCCAUGCAGCCCGCACCCCAGCCACACUGUUUGUUGUCAUCUUUAUCACGUAUGUGAUUGCUGGGGUGACUGGAUUCAUUGGUUUGGACAUCAUAGCUAGCCUGUGCAACAUGAUCAUGGGACUGACGCUUAUCACCCUGUGCACCUGGGCAUAUAUCCGCUACUCUGGAGAAUAUCGAGAGCUGGGUGCUGUAAUCGACCAGGUAGCUGCAGCCUUGUGGGACCAGGGAAGCACAAAUGAGGCUUUACACAAGCUUUACAGUGCAGCAGCAACCCACAGACACCUGUAUCAUCAAGCUUUUCCUGCACCAAAGUCAGAACCUACUGAACAACCAGAAAAGAAGAAAAUUUAACUUAGAAAAUUGCCGGUGCAUGACCAUUUGUUAGUUAACUAUCAAAGCUUUUGUUCCCAUGCAAACAUUCAAAGUGCUUCCUUCAGACAGAGUGAAAACCAAACACCUGAGGACUUGGACAGUGUAAUUCUUUACUCCAGUGUUUAAUGAGCAGAUGUGUGUAUGCAUGGUUAUCUGUUAACGUACAGUUUCCUGAUUUCUGUCUUUAAAUAUGCUGUUAUCAUUUCAGGUAUUUGUAAAUUUGAGGACAAUAGAUGUGUUUUGCUUGACUUUUCUAAGUUCUGCUCCUGGGUUAUAAUUAAAUAUUGUGUGAUAUUA